GUAAACCACGAACUAUGGCAGACAGAUCGAUCCAAAGCACAAAGGCGAUGGCGUUACGAAAACUUGGAAUCAACGAGACGUACCAACUAGCCAUGUAUCUACUAGACCAGUACCGUGGCACUACUCUCUCUUGCCGUUAUGCAAUCCCGCCACGCCUGGCACCGGCACAGUCGCGGACUCAUCUGGAGGAGGUAGUUAAGAUUGCUGUCGUGGACAUCAUCAUGAGACAUCCAAUGCUGCAAGUCGGUAUGAUGAAUGCUACUUCCAAGACUCCCUCGUGGAUCCAGCUGCGGAGUCUCGACUUGACGCAACAUAUAAAAUGGCUUUAUAUUGAAGCGCAUAACGACUUUGAACAAACAGUUCAGGAAACCUUUCGCGUUCAGCUCGACGACCGUUUCGCAGACCUUUCCAUUAAGCAACCGUGCUGGAAGAUCACCGUUAUUCGGCAAGGGAAUGCUCAUAUCAUGGAGGUCCUACUCACUUGGAAUCACCCGCAAUUCGACGGUGCAGGCGCAAAGGUGUUCCACGAAGACUUUCUCGAGAUGCUCAAUAAAGCUGAGAACGGAGCAUACGAGCGGACGGGCUUGGACGGUGAUAUCCUUACACUACCUGAAACCCCCCCCUUCCUUCCAAUCCCAAUCGAGAGCUUAAAGAACCUUCCAUUAGAUCUCAAGUACCUUGCCAAGGUAUUUUGGGAGGAAACUAGGCCCCAGUUCCUGAAUCGGGACGUAUCCCAAGCAGCCUGGUGCCCAAUUCGCUCCUCUCCGUACAAAACCCAGUUCCGGGCCUUUUUCAUUGAUAACGCAUCUCUACUUACAAUCCUAGCCCUUUGCCGGCAAAACAAGACUACCAUUACCGGCCUGAUAAACGGAUUAGCGCUUAUUGCCUUUUCAUCGCACCUCAACAGCACAAUCGCCCCAGCCUUUCAAAGUUCUACCAUCAUGGAUCAUCGCCGAAAUCUGCCUCCGGCCCCGCCGGACGCUCCGUGGGUUCGGUCCGAUAGAACAGUGAGCAACUACGUGACCCAGUUGCCCCAUAGAUUCGAUGCAGAGCAAGUGGCACGAAUUCGUUCCAAGCUGCCGGCUGAUGCCAGCGAGGGUAGAGAUCUGUCUACAGACCUCCAACACGAGCUCUGGGCCGUAUCGGCACAUAAUAGACAGGAAAUAGUGCACAAGCUGGAAGCCGGGCUGCGAAACGACCUGGUUGGGGUGUUCAAGUACGUCACAGACUGGCAGCAGACGAUGAGGGACAUGGCGAAAAAGACGCGCCAAUUCACGUGGCUGGUGACCAACGUUGGUGUGCUGAAUGGCAACACGUCCGACGAUGGCCAGAGGUGGUCGAUCAGCCGAGCGCAGUUUGGCCUCAGUGCUGAGAUCCCCGCUGCCGCCAUCGAGUUUGCCCCAAUCAGUGUAGCUGGCCAGGGGAUGUGUGUCAGCGCCAACUGGCCAGACUGCGCUGUCGAUCUGAUGCUAGGGGAGCGCAUCAUAGCUGAUCUUGAAAGGUGGCUGGCCCAACUUGCAACGUCAGGCAAAAUUGGUUUUGAAUAGGGUUAACAGGACGGCAAGUUCGGGCGGCUAUCUACUAAAAUUAAUAUUUUUCUAUAUAAUCAUGGAC